CUCCGGUUUCCAAUUGACACUGGCCGCGGAAACUCAGGUGGGAGCGAAGGCCCAGAGGUCCCGCGCAGGUUGGUGAGCGUCUGCGCAGCGCUAGCUUUCGCGAGCUGGCCUGGGGAGAGCUGCUAGGAACUGGACCAGCAGCAUUGACAGCACCUGGGCGCCUGUUAGAAAUGCAGGACCUCAAGCUCCAGCUCAGAAUCAGACUGCAUUUUAAGAAGAUUCCAGGGCAAUUCAUAUACACAGUAAAGUUUGAAGUAUGGUUUUGCCAUAUGAAGCUGAAAAUGGCAGAAGAGGAGGACUAUAUGUCUGAUUCCUUCAUUAAUGUCCAAGAAGAUAUCAGACCAGGCUUGCCAAUGCUGAGGCAAAUCCGAGAAGCCCAUCGAAAAGAAGAAAAGCAACAGGAAGCUAAUUUGAAAAAUAAGCGGAAGAGUUUAAAAGAAGAAGAACAAGAGAGACGUGACAUUGGACUGAAGAAUGCACUAGGCUGUGAAAACAAAGGGUUUGCUUUGCUCCAGAAGAUGGGAUAUAAAAGUGGUCAGGCCCUCGGCAAAAGUGGAGACGGUAUUGUUGAACCAAUUCCUCUUAAUGUCAAAACAGGAAAAAGUGGCAUUGGUCAUGAGGCAUUACUAAAACGGAAAGCAGAGGAAAAAUUGGAAAGCUACAGAAGAAAGAUUCACAUGAAAAAAGAAGUUGAAGAAAGAGCUGCAGAACAGUUUCGAAUGCGACUUAAAAAUAAGCAAGAUGAAAUGAAGCUAGAAGGAGAUCUUAGAAGAAGCCAGAGAGCCUGUCAACAGUUGGAUACUCAGAAGGUACUGGAAAAAUUACAAAUACUGACUAGUUAUUUACGAGAAGAACAUCUGUAUUGUAUUUGGUGUGGAACAGCCUAUGAAGAUAAAGAAGACCUGUCUUCAAAUUGCCCAGGACCAACUUCUGCAGAUCAUGACUAAGAUUAUUCUCAAUAAAGUAGAAGCUUGGCAAAUGUUAUUGUUUCCUAAAGAUAGACAGUUGAGCAGUUAGAAUUUCCAAAUUUUUGAUACCAGUAAAGAAAGAGGGCCUUUAUAUGUUUCAUUGUUUUUAUACAUUAGAAGUACUUUGUACUUUAGAAUAUAAUUGUUCACUGGCUUCAAAAACAUAAUGGAAAGCCAUUUCAGAACACAAGUAUCAUAGACAUGGGCAAUUAGAAUUUAUGACUCUGUUGUGACGUUUACAGGAUUUAAGGACACCAACUCUUAUUCACUUUGGAACAAAUUGAGAAAUAAGACAUAGGAGUUAGAGAUCAAAAUAUCAGCUUUAUUAUCAAUGAAAUAAAGAGCUAGUUGACUUGUUCUCCAGUCAUGCUCCCUGCGAGAUCUCCUUGGUUAGAACUGCCGACCUUGCCUCGGAGGGACAGAGCCCAUCUUUGCAUUAGGAGACCAUUAGCUUUCAAGGUGAGAGAACCAACCCCUCAGGGGUGGGGCCAUACAUGCUCAGUUCCUUUUCCCAAAAUCACUCAUCAGAUGAGACACCUCUCUGUUGAGACGGAAUGAAUACAGGUUCACAGAGCUUGUUCCCACACUUCUCUCUUCCAAGGAGCAAGAAGUUCCCUUCAUGCAAGCAUGAGAAGGAGGGGAAAAGUAUUCCCCUCAAUAAGAGUAAUGUCAGAGGCAAGUUUCCAUUAAUAGUACUUAAUUCUAAUCAGUUUUAGAAACAAAGUAGUUAUGAUAUUCCGUAAAAUCGUUGAGUUUUCAUAGCAAUGUGUAUAUCCAUUAUAAGUGAACAAUUGCCCAUUUUGGCUAAAGAAACAAUAAUCAGGAGUAACCUUAAAUAUCAGGUGAUCCAACUUCUUAAUCUCUUUGACAACAUUCCUAGCAGGUGGUAAUCCAACCUCUGCCUUUAUUCCUCCAGCCACAGAGAGCUCACUGCCUUAAAAUGGACCGUUGCAUUGCUGGGUAGCUCUAAGUCAUUUUAAAAGUUAUUUUUCUGUCUUAAGCUGAAUUCUGCUUCCCUAUAAUUUAACCAGAUAUAGCUAAAGACAUACCAUGUGGCACACCUUUAGAGAGGUCCAUCUAAGUUUGGGCAUCAAAAUCAUGAACUUUUUUAAAGUUCACAAGCUCAGGUGCCACCCUUAGUGACUUGAUUCAGCUAGUCUAGGAUAGUUUCUGGAUAUCUAUUUAUUUUAAAGUUCUAAGAAUGUGUCUGAUUAUCACCUGUGGAUGAGAACUAGUGCUCUAGGUUAAACUAGAGCAUGACUGUUCUUCGGAUCAAGUUGUGACCUCAUCUGUACAAUUUUACAGCUCACCUUUCAGUAGCAUUGAGCAAGAGAUCAGCCUCUUCUUUUUAUUAUAAACAGCAUACCUGACAACAUAGCAGAAGCUAACCUACACUUGCCCAAAUUAAGAUAAUCAAUAGUACGAGUUGUAUUAGCCUCUGACCUAAUUUGACCUAGUUCACUUGUUCUCAAGUCUAACUUGGGGAGCUUUAAAAAAAAUGAUAUUACAAAGGUCCCACCUCCAGAGAUUCUGAUGUAAUUGGUCACUGUGGCCUGUGUAUCACUACCCUUGAUUCUAAAAUGCAGCAGAGGGACUUCCUGGUGGCGCAGUGGAUAAGACUCCACGCUCCCAAUACAGGGGCCCGGGGUUAGAGCCCUGGACAGGGAACUAGAUAACACACACAUGC